AUGGCGCAAGACGGUGGUGCGGAUGAACCAAUGGUAAUCAAUCAGGGAAGGGCGGGGCUCGAGCAGAGUUUGCACCAUCCCAACGCCAGACGAAGCGCGACCAACGCAACUGCACCGGCAGUGAGCGAGGCGCAGCGUGGGGGAGCAAAGGAGCAAACUACAUUGAAGAAAGAUUUGGCUAACCUAGUGAAGGAGGGCGCGCUAGAGGAGGUCAUCCAGAUAGUCCAUAGGUAUGCAGCCAUAGAGGCGCGAAAGGCCACCGAGGCCAACGCAAAAACGGCAACAAUUACGACAGGAAACCGAAACACCAAAGCGAUCACGCGAGACGAACUCAACAGGUCCAUCGAAGCAGCAUUUCGGCGCUUUAUGCUAAAGACACACCAAGCAGUACCGGGGACAACAGGACCACGAUCCUGGGCCAACGUGGCCGCGGCAGGCGGACCCGUAGCGACAAACACGCCAAAAGUAUUCGUGCCGGGGCGGAUCCAGCGGGAGGUCAUCAUUCAAAACUCUGGAAGCAUCCCAGAGAUGACGAAGAGGACGGCCGUCGAAACGGUACAAGCAGUGAACAUGGCGAUUGGCAUACAGGAAGCGGUAGCAGCCCGCCGACUUCCCAGCGGGGAUGUCGCGGUUACGUUCCUUGACACGGCAAACAAGUACAAGAAGGGGACAGCAGCGUGGAUUAGAGUGGCCUUAGGGCAACGGCAGAACAGUCGAGCCGUGAAUUCACGGUGA